GGCUAUAAAGAUUGAACAAAGUUAACACACAUUUCGCAUUCAGUAGAAGAGAAAAAGCUUUGAAUAGAGAAAGGACAAAUCAGUGUUCUGUACGUAAAGUGUUGGUGGCCUAAUUAUGACGGAGGAAUCAAACAAACCAAUGGAUGAUGCAUCAGCACCCAACUGGUUAUCUGAUUUGGACAUGGAUGAUUACAAUUUAUUUCCAGAUGAGUGUGCCCUGAACUUGAACUUGUUUGAUGAUCAAGAGUUUCUGCCACAAGACAUUGCCAGUGCCCUUGAAGAACAGACACAGAGCCUGCAGCGAUCUUUGUCUUCGGAGUGCCCUUCCAAAACUGUGAGCAACUCAUCCACCGAUGAAACCAGUUUUGACUUUGAGAGACCAGCCAAGUUACUGAAAACGACAAGCAGUAGUUGCUGUAACUCUGACUCAUCCACCAUCACCAACAACCUCUCGCCAAAACUUUCCCCAUCCACAUCCUUCUCCUCCUUUCAGUCUCAUAUUCUGUCUUUUGACAACCCCAACUCCUCCCCUCCCACCACCACCACCACCACCACCCACUUUUACGGCUUUGACUUAAACCCAACGCAGAACGAAAUGGUGUCAGUGUCAAUGCCCCAAUUGACAAAAUCACGCUUCCCUGAUCAAACGCCAAAAGGGUCCUCAAAAAAUCACAACUUUGAAACAAAACCCUCACAUGGUAAGAGAUCUCCUGCUCACGCUCAGGAUCACAUCAUGGCCGAGAGGAAGCGAAGAGAGAAGCUCAGCCAGAGCUUCAUUGCUCUUGCAGCUCUUGUUCCUGGCCUAAAGAAGAUGGAUAAGGCUUCUGUGUUAGGGGACGCUAUCAAAUAUGUGAAAGAUCUUAAAGAGCGUUUGGCAGUGCUUGAAGAGCAGAGCAAGAAAACAAGGGAAGAAUCGGCGGUGGUCCUGAACAAGCCAGAGCUCUCUGGCGAUGAUGAUUCUUCUUCAUGUGAUGAGUGCAUUGGUGCUGAUAGUGUCAGUGACACUCUGUUUGAGGUGGAAUCAAGAGUGUCAGGGAAGGAGAUGCUGCUUCGGAUCCACUGCCUCAAGCAAAAGGGGCUUCUCGUCAAAUUACUGGCCGAGAUCCAAAGAAAUAACCUACUCGUUAUUAAUAGCAGCAUCUUACCAUUCGGUGAUUCUAUCCUUGACAUUACCAUAGUUGCUCAGAUGGGAGAAAAUUACAAUUUGACUAUGAAGGAACUUGCCAAGAACCUACGCGUUUCGGCAAAUAAGGUUGUCUCAUAACAUAAACGCGGCUCGAGUAUGGGAUACCAUGAAGAUAUAUGGCAAGAAUCAAAACUCUGAAUCAGAAUUGGUGCACCAACCAUAGAGUAAAUAAUCCUAAAAUGGAAUGUUUUCUGUUAAUGUGAGAUCUACUCCAGCUAGCUUACAGUGUUCCUGUGUUCCCCGAAAUGCAGAUGAUCGAUCCAAAAGGGAUAUUGUCUUUUUCGUGUUGUGCGUGGUUUCUCAGGCCUUCGGUCUGUGCCUGCUUGACAAAA